CGGUGCGUCACUAUUGGUGACUACAUCAUAGUAUAAACGCGCGUUGCGUGCAUCAUUCAUUAAUCAGUAUAGGGUGUAACCCUGCGUAACCGAAAAAGUUUGUGUAGCAAUGUUAUGAUGUGUUCUACAAAGUACUUAGUUAUUUUAUUAACCCUGGUAUACCUGGAGAACACAGCUGCAUGGGACUAUGAAUGCAACGUACCACUACUUGAUAGAGCUCAACUGAAGGCUACAUCAUUCCUGAAUGAACGAGGAGCCAAUAAUGCAAGACUCAAUGGGGACUCGGCAUGGUCACCGGAAACCAGCAGUUACGAUCAACACCUGACUGUGGAAUUGGGUGACAGAUAUGAGAUUCGCAGCAUAGCGACACGUGGGCGUGAUCAUACUAACGAAUAUGUGACAGAAUAUAUCGUCCAAUAUUCUAACGAUGGUCAAGCUUGGACUAGUUAUGAAAGCCAGGAUGGAGUCGACGAGAUGUUCAAAGGAAACGUUAAUGGAGACACUAUUAAACUGAAUAAAUUCGAAGUGCCUAUAAUUGCACAGUGGAUAAGGAUAAAUCCAACAAGAUGGCGCGACAGAAUAUCUCUGAGAAUUGAACUUUACGGAUGUGACUAUGUCUCAGAUGUUCUAUCUUUUAAUGGAUCAUCCCUUGUGCUUUGGGAUCUUCUGCGAGAGCCAAUUGAAACCGAUAGACAUUCUCUUCGUUUCCGUUUCAAAACAAAUAACGCUGAUGGAGUACUUGUCUAUUCCCGUGGAACACAAGGCGAUUUCAUAGCUCUACAAUUACGGGACAAUCGAAUGCUGCUGAACAUUGACUUGGGAUCUGGUGUGAUGACUAGUUUAUCUGUUGGAAGUCUUUUGGAUGACAAUAUGUGGCAUGACGUUGUGAUAUCUAGAAACAGAAGAACAAUUUCAUUCUCUGUUGAUCGAGUAUUGAUCAAAGGAAGAAUCAAGGGAGAAUUUCACAGGCUUGACUUGAACAGAGCCUUUUACAUUGGCGGAGUACCAAAUAAGCAAGAUGGGUUAGUAGUCAAUCAGAAUUUCACGGGUUGUAUAGAAAACUUUUACCUCAACACAACUAGUUUCAUACAUGAGCUCAAAGAAGUCGAAAUCACUGGUGAAAAUCUGAGGUACCACAAAGUGAAUACGAUCUACAGUUGCCCAGAGCCUCCAAUAAUUCCGAUCACAUUUUUAACGCCUCAAUCUUUUGCACGACUGAAAGGGUAUGAAGGAGUUUAUUCCUUGAACGUGUCCCUUUCGUUCAGAAGCUAUGAACAAACAGGGAUGAUUUUAUACCAUCAAUUCACCUCUCCAGGAUAUGUAAAAGUUUAUUUGGAGGAGGGAAAGAUCAAAGUGGAUAUUCAAACACAAGGAUAUCCGAAUGCGAUAUUGGACAAUUUUGAAGAAACAUUCAAUGAUGGAAAAUGGCAUUCAAUCAUUCUAACAAUAAGCAAAAACAGUUUGAUUUUAAAUGUCGAUGGACGUCCAAUGCGGACCAAGCGUCUCCUUGAUAUGACAACCGGACCUCUAUACUUGAUAGGAGGAGGAAUAACUGGAAUGGGAACAUCAAGAGGAUUUGUUGGGUGCAUGAGGAUGAUAAGUAUUGAUGGAAACUACAAGUUACCUACAGAUUGGAAGGAAGAUGAAUACUGCUGUAAAAACGAGGUGGUAUUCGACGCUUGUCAAAUGGUGGACCGAUGUAAUCCUAAUCCCUGCAAGCACACUGGAAUCUGUCGUCAAACUUCUGAUGAGUUUUUCUGUGACUGUACCAAUACUGGUUACGCGGGAGCGGUUUGUCAUACAUCAUUGAACCCGCUCUCAUGUGAAGCUUAUAAGAAUACAAACUCCGUCGAUCAACGUGCUGAAGUCAGAAUUGAUGUUGACGGAAGCGGACCUCUACGCCCAUUCCCAGUAACUUGUGAAUUUUAUUCCGAUGGCCGAAUAAUGACAGUACUCAGACAUAGCAAUGAGCAGCCUACGCCAGUUGAUGGUUUUGACGAGCCUGGUAGUUUCAUUCAAGAUGUUAACUAUGAUGCUGAUUUUGAUCAAAUCGAAGCUCUUUUGAAUCGCUCCACAAGCUGUGCCCAGAGAAUUAAUUAUGCCUGCAAACAAUCCAGGCUGUUCAAUACCCCAGUACCAAUCGGGGAAGAAUUCCGACCCAGUUCGUGGUGGGUGAGCAGAGGAAAUCAACGUAUGGACUACUGGGGUGGUGCGCUACCAGGUUCACGUAAAUGUGAAUGUGGAGUUCUAGGGACCUGUGUGGACCCGACAAAAUGGUGUAACUGCGAUGCUGGUUUCGAGGGUUGGCAGGAAGAUGGUGGGGACAUUACUGAUAAGCAGCAUCUGCCCGUUAAACAAUUACGUUUUGGAGACACGGGAACACCGCUAGACGAAAAAGAAGGAAGAUAUACGUUGGGUCCUCUCAUCUGCGAAGGAGAUGAUCUAUUCAAGAAUGUAGUAACGUUCCGUGUCGUUGAUGCUACGAUCAAUCUUCCGACAUUUGACAUUGGUCACAGCGGAGAUAUCUAUUUUGAAUUCAAAACAACUAUUCACGAUGCAGUAAUCAUCCAUUCCAAAGGACCAACAGAUUACAUCAAAGUAUCUAUAAACGGAGGAAAUCAAAUUCAUUUUCAAUACCAAGCAGGCGGUGGUCCACUAGCAGUCAGCGUUCAAACGUCUUACAGCCUAGCUAAUAAUCGUUGGCACUCUGUUUCUGUUGAAAGAAAUCGCAAAGAAGCAAGAAUUGUCAUCGAUGGAGCUCUCAAAAAUGAAGUUAGGGAACCACCUGGUCCAGUGAGAGCUCUACACCUGACAUCUGAUCUUGUUAUCGGUGCAACAACAGAUUAUAGAGAUGGUUACGUUGGAUGUAUAAGAUCCCUAUUACUGAAUGGUAAACUACAAGAUAUCAGAAGCCAUGCACGAAGAGGAUUAUAUGGAGUGAGCACUGACUGUGUGGGGAGAUGCGAAAGCAACCCUUGUCUCAACAAUGGUACUUGCCUGGAAAGAUUUGACGGAUACACCUGCGACUGCCGUUGGACAGCGUUUAAGGGUCCAAUUUGUGCGGAUGAAAUUGGUGUGAAUUUACGACAAAGCUCCAUGAUAAAAUACGACUUCAUGGGUAGCUGGCGUUCUACUAUUGUAGAGAAAAUUCGCGUUGGAUUUACAACAACAAAUCCAAAGGGUUUUUUGUUGGGUCUAUUUUCUAAUAUUUCUGGUGAAUACAUGACUAUAAUGGUAUCGAACAGCGGUCAUUUGCGUGUAGUUUUUGACUUUGGUUUCGAAAGACAAGAGGUGAUAUUCCCCGACAAGCAUUUUGGCUUAGGUCAAUAUCACGAUGUUAGGAUAAGCAGAAGAAAUUCUGGAGCAACUCUGGUUAUGCAGGUUGAUAAUUACGAACCAAAAUUAUUCAAUUUCGAUAUAAAAGCUUCUGCAGAUGCCCAGUUCAACAACAUCCAAUACAUGUACAUUGGAAAAAAUGAAUCUAUGACGGAAGGAUUUGCAGGCUGUAUAUCAAGAGUUGAAUUUGACGACAUUUACCCACUUAAACUAUUAUUCCAAGAAAGCGGACCAGCUAACGUAAGGUCUCUAGGUAGUCAGCUCACGGAAGAUUUUUGCGGAGUUGAACCGUUCACUCAUCCUCCUAACAUAGUAGAAACUCGUCCACCACCACAAGUGGAUGAAGACAAACUGAGAGCAGCAUAUAACGAAACUGAUACAGCUAUUUUAGGCAGUGUAUUAGCUGUCAUAUUGAUAGCUUUGAUAAUAAUGGGGAUGCUAAUUGGAAGGUACAUGGCUAGACAUAAGGGAGAAUAUUUGACGCAGGAAGAUAAGGGUGCGGAAAUAGCUUUAGAUCCGGACUCCGCAGUGGUUCAUUCUACAACCGGGCACCAGGUACAAAAGAAAAAAGAAUGGUUCAUUUAGAUCGAGACAUUAUCUCACUGAAAUCAUUCAUUGCCUGGGAGAAAAUUGAAGCAGAAUCGUUUUUUACAGAAGUGAAUUAAUCAGAUUUGUUCUGAUUCGUAGAAUUUCUAGUUUUCAUAGCCAAGUAGGUCCUAUCUGCUGAUACGACCGGUGGACUCAGUCCUACACAUUUUAUAUUACCUUCGAAAGGAUUUGAGAAUCAAAAAUCAGCUAUUCAAUUUCAAACUCCACAGUUCUGUACCAUCAAAGUACGACCGACCCAAGUUGUACAUGCUCCUGAGGAAUGGAUUUCUCUCAAACUCAGGAUUUUGAUUCAGCCAAAAUAUCCAAACAGAAUUUAUAAGUUAGAUACCUUUGAUUAUCAAUGAUUUAGAUUAGACUGUUAGUUUUAUAAAUCCAUUUAUUAAUAUAUUCCCAUUUCGUAGUAUGAGCCUAAUUUUUUAAUACUCACAAAUUUUAUCUCACCGUUGAGAUAAAAACUAAAUGAAAAAUGUGAGACUUCGAAUCUCGAUCGAUGUACAAAUAUUUUUAUCACUAACAAGUACUUGAUUUCAUAUUGAUCUUUGCUUCCUUCAUGUGGAUCUGUACUAGUUGUAAUGAUUACCGUCCAACGUGCAUUUAGCGACUUUAAUUUUUUUAUUUAUAAUUUUAUUUGAUAUUUUUGCAAUUAUUUUAUUAUUUUAUUUUGCUAAUCUUAUUGCCUACGCAAAUAAUUAUUACCCUGCAAUUCUGUAUCACCUUUGGUGUUGAAUCCUUACCGAUAAUUUUUGGCUACUCUCUUCUGUAACUAACUCGAUUUUCGUUGUGUAUAUGUAUAUGUUUUACCCUGACAGGAUAUCAAAAUAGCGAAUUUUAAUUCUAGGCUGUGGUUCAAGAUUUGUCAGAUAUCGCUAUAGAAUCAAAAAAUCACUAUUACUUUCAAGAAACGCAACUUGCAGAUGCAUUGACAUUACCAUUUACAUUAUUGAAAACUGAGCCACCACCUUUACUUAUAGUCUAUAUUUGCGAUAUGAUUGCAAAAAUAAAUUUUAAUGUAUACAAUUCCGAUACAUUCCAAACCAAAAAAACACAUCAAACGUCUUUUAUUUUCAUCCAUAUGCCUAACUGUAAAAACUGAGCGCUGCAACAUCAAGUUGUACAGUGCAACUCAACUUUUUCACCGGUAUUCAAGUAGUUUAUCAAUGAUGUUGGUAAUUUAUUAUUUUCCAUUAGAGCCUAGUCCAAGAUUCAGAUAUUCUAGCAUUACAAUAUAAAUGCGCCUAAUAUUUAUCACUCAACUUCCUAGCUGUGCCUUCACAUUAAAUAACAGGGUGCUAGCAUAGGAAUGUUUUUCAAAUACCACAACAUUUAGAAAUUUUGAACACUAUUAAUUAGAUUUCACUUAUUAUUCACAAAUUCUUUAAUUUAAAAGCCAUGAAUCCCUAUGUGCAACAUCGCAGUAAAAAAAAGUAUUGACGAAUCGAAAUAAAAAGUAGCAAGAUGAUUUAUUAAUCAGUAGGACUACCAUAAAAUAAAACAUUGGUUAGAGACUGUGAUUAGUAUAACAUGUUGCAUGUAAAUUAGAGCUUUUAGUGGCAGUGAAUGAACAUGUAAUACCAGUUUUGUAGAAAUCUAAAUCAGUUAAUCGCCUGAUGAAUUUUGUAAGAAUAAAACUUUAUAAUCAAAA